ACACACAAACGCCGGUUUUGUGAACUCACUUGACGAAAAGAAAGAGCGAGAAAAAAAAAGUUGCCAAAUCAAAGUGGUCACCGAGCCGAAGACCGUUGAGCCCAAGGUCAGCACCAAGGAGGCGCAGUGCCAGUCAUCGGACUGCGAGACUUCCCAGCAGGAGCCGGUCUCGCAAGUAAGCAUCCCGAAGGGCGCCCGUGUGGGGAUCUUCAAUGCCGAGGACUUCUUGUCGCGUGCUCAGAUGAACGACAAAAUCAACAACAUCUUGCGCUCGCCCACCAAGCCGCCCAACGGGGUGCGCCAGCGCUCCGUCUACACCAACAACCCAUCGCCGCAAGCAAGCUUGCGUGUCGGCAUGACUGGGGGGCAGCUGUCCCAACGCAUGAGCAACAUCUCGCUGUCCUCCGGCACGGACUCCGUGGGCCACAUGGAUCGCGGCAGCAGCUCCAGUCUCGCUAGCAGCGCCACCGUUGGCACCAACACCAUCACCAGCGGCAUUUCCAAGGAGUGCGCCAAUUACCCCGUCGGCAGUCAGUCGGCCCGUUCAUACGUCCAACUUCCGGGCAUACACAUUUCCAACCCUCUCCAGUACGGGCCAGAGAAUAUGCAGAAAAUAGACGCUGGCAAAAUGGCGCACAACGGCAAGGCACUCACAGGGCGCUACAAUGCCACGCCCACCUAUGGCUUCGACAACGAGCAGAACUACUGCCUGAAUUCAGAACAGUUGCCGUCUCCAAUGCCCCCUCCACCAUACGCCUUGGCACGCGUGAGCAGCACACGCAACUUUGAGCUCGAGAACCACACACCGCCGGCAUGUCCCGGCUCUGGACCCAUUGCCAUGACGAACGGCACCAUCCAGUUGCUCUAUCACGCAACUGCAGCAACUCGGCUUUGAUCCACCCCAAUGGACGCAUCUUGCAGAGCGGCGCUAAAGUCGAAAUAGUCAGCUACGACGGCAUGAAGGGCAAUAACUUUG